AAGAAGAGAAGAACCCAAUAAUGGUUCGCAUUAGCAACGCCGUUUUCACCUUUAUAAACAUCUUCCCUUUCUUUCUAGGCGUCGUUGCCGUUGUUGCCUCCAUCCACUUUCGCUUGCAUGGCGGCAGCGUUUGCCAAAACGCCCUCCAAAACCCUUUACUGAUAAUAGGCCUCGUUUUAUUCGCUGUAUCGUUGCUAGCCUUUAUUGGUUCUUGUUGCAGUAAUGCCAAUUCUGUCUUAACUGUUUACUCCAUUUUGAUGGUUCUGGUGAUAUUGGCUUUAACCGGUUUCACGCUUUUCGCGGUGGUGGUCACUAACAAGGGCGUGGCCAGGAGGAUUUCCGGGCUAGGGUUCAGCGAGUACCGGCUCGGUGAUUAUUCGGGUUGGUUGCGUGACAACUUCGUGAACCACAAUAACUGGGAUCACACCCGGAGUUGUUUGAUUGAUUCCCAUGUUUGUACGACUCUCCACAGCGGGGCAACCUUCUCGGAUUUUAUCAAGCAAAAGUUGUCCUCAAUACAGUCCGGUUGCUGUAAGCCACCAAUGUACUGCAAGUUUGUGUACAAGAACGCGACGUUCUGGAUAAUGCAGAAAUCAGGGCCGGACGUGGAAGACAACGACUGCAGGGCAUGGAGCAAUGACCAACGGAAGCUGUGCUACAAUUGCAAGUCUUGCAAGGGAGGUGUUUUGGCCAACAUAAGGAAAGAGUGGAGACUUUUGGCUAUUCUUAACAUAUGCAUCCUUAUAUUAGUCCUCAUCACCUUCAACAUUGGUUGCAGCAUUAGAAAAAACAGGAAAGCUGAUGAGAAAAACUACACCGCUGCUUAGAUAUAUAUAGAGCUUAUCCUCUGAGUUUUCAUCAUUUUCCUCUUCAUUUUUGCUUUCAAUUUUGUUAAACCUCAGUAGGUCUAGAAACCCAGUCCUGAAAUGGUGGACAAGUUAGACAUCAUCAUUAGGUCUAGUAUCUGAAUUAUAGCACAUAGUUAAUGUAGAGCUCCGAAUUCAAUUCAUUUGGAAUUAUCUUCGAUUUUCCUUUAUUUAUUCUAGA